AUGAUCUUGAUGCUGGUAGCGUACUUGGAUAGAAGCAAUAUAGGCAAUGCCAAAGUCUUCGGGCUGGUGGAAGGACUUCAUCUUCAUGGCAACCAGUUCAACAACAUAAGCACGGUCUUCUACGCGACAUACGUGGUGUUCGAAGUUCCUUGGGUCAUUGCUGUCAAACGAUUUGGUGCUAAUCGAGUCCUGGCCGUUGCGCUCGUCUGCUGGUCGGUCGUCACCUUGUGUACUGGCUUUAUCCACAACUACGCUCAAGCUCUUGCUAUGCGACUACUCCUCGGUGCUGCAGAGGCUGGCCUUUUUCCCUCGUUAGCGUUCUGUGCGAAACGGAUUUGUCUACUCUACAUGUCCGCUGCUCUAAGCGGUGCCUUCGGAGGAAUGAUCGCAUACGGAGUCGAGACAAUGGGAAACCAACUUGGACUCGCUGCUUGGAGAUGGCUUUUCAUCAUCGAGGGGGCCGUCUCUGUGGCUCUUUGCAGUGCAGCUUGGUUCACGCUACCAAGGUCCUCCGAGCAGGCGUGGUUCUUGACUCCAGAGGAGAAAGCGAUCAUGCAAGCACGAAGAGCACGAAACGUUGCAUACCAAGGCAGUACCGACUCGUUCAAGUCACACCAUAUUGUUCAGGCUUUUACAGAUCCCCAGGUCUAUCUCGCGGCCAUCUUACAAUUUGGCAACACAGUCUCACAAUUCGGUUUCAGCACCUUCCUCCCAACCCUGCUGACCGGCUUCGGAUACACCAGCCUACAGGCAAACUACGUCUCCAUUCCUUGCUAUGUCGUGGCGGCAAUCUCACUGUUUACCUGGGCAUCCAUCUCCGACCGUCUUGGGAAGCGAGCCUUGAUCAGCUUUGUCUGCUGUCUGCCACGCGUUCUCGGCUACGCCAUUGUGGCGGGCACAGCGAACAAAGCCGCCGGGUACUUUGCAAUGUACAUGUGCGCUGCUGGUAUCUAUCCGUACAACGAGGUGUUGACGACGUGGGUUUCAAACAACAUUACUCCAGACUACAAGCGUUCGGCAGCCUUACCCCUAUUUGUCUGCCUGGCCAACAUCAGUGGCAUUGUGGCCAGUCAGAUCUAUCCCGCUUCGGAUGCACCGCGCUAUAUCACCGACAAUGCGACCUCACUUGCACCAGAGAGCUUAUCUUGCGUCGGUGUCGGCCUGCUCUGGUUGCUGUUGAAGAGGAGGAAUCAACGAAAGUCGAUGGAACAAACAAGUGAGGGUGGUCUACACGAAUAUUUGGACGACGAUCGUGGACCGAACUUCGAGUAUGCCUUGUGA